AUGUCUCAAGAUCUGUUUGCUGCGUUUGGCGAGGCCACACUGCCUGAUGCCCCGAAACAAACAACUUCCAAACAAGAGAAUCAUACUUCUGCUCCAGUCCCGACCGCUGCGGCGCUGAGCUCAGACGAAGGCGACGACGAUGAUUUCGGCGACUUCGAGGAUGCAUCUGCACCUGUGCAACAAGCUUCCGCUGCUAGGAACACCCCUCCGAAAGCCAGCAAAUUGCCAUUCGCAUCGGCCGGCAGCACGACUGGACCAAAGGAAUCCGCGGUAGACUCCAGGAUAGGCAGGCAUCCUUUUGCAGACCACAUGGACUUUCUGUUCUCUGGAGGAGAUGAAGAGUAUGAUGCAGGAGCCGACGAUCUCGAAGAUUUGUCCAAAAAUCCCGAGGCUGCCAUGGCAUUCUCCAAGCAGUUGGUCGCUGCGAGGGACCGAAAACAGACCGCAACGAAGCCGUUGCCCUUUAGCAAAGUUGAUCGGACGCCUACUCCUACAGUAGUAUCGAAAGCAUUAAACCAGGAGAGUGCAAAGACGUCUGCUGCAAAGUCGCCCAUUCCCACGGUUGAUGUCCUUUUCGAUGCGGAAGAAACAUUCUCAGAGACAACGUCAGAGGUCGUAGAUGACGAUUUUGGCGAUUUUGAGAGCGCUCCUGUCGAAUCUUCUUCCGUUGUAGCAGGCGAAAAUCUCGAAUCAGAGUUUGACCUUCUCGGACUGGAUGAUUUUCAAUCUCCGCCACUGUCGAAAGCGAUCGCCGUUACGCCCAAGACAAAAGCCAAACCCGGAAAUAUACCGUCUCGACAGACAUACACAAGACCAGUAGUCACUCCGACGCGUGAUGAUGAUUGGGACGACUUCGAAACGACCGAGCCAAUUCCGAACAUGCAGAUUCAACAAAUAACGGUCGAAUCACCACCAACCAAAGCUGGUCCUCCAUUGAAUGCGUUUACACCCGCAGCAUCACCAUCACAGCCGAUGCUACCGCCAACCAACAUCCCUCCUCCAGCAAUACUCUUGUCCGCAUUUGCACCUAUCAUCAGAUUAGGUCAAGAGACUCUUCUUGACCCUCUCUCCAAAGCUACCGUAUCGCAGAGGCACGAACUCCUGGCACACCCAGCCACCAAGGUUCUCCUUCUCAAGCUGUUGAAUGUAGCUGUAGUCUUAGGUCGGAUCAUCGCGGGCCGCAAACUCCGAUGGAAACGAGAUCAGUUCCUCGCGCAGGGCAUGCGCAUCGGGCCCGCGAGCGCAGGAGGCCGAAGCGGGAUGAAAAUCGCCGGCGUUGAUAAAACCGAGCUGAUGAAGGAAGACCGGGAAGUCCUCGAUGCUGUGCGUUCGUGGAAACUCCAAGCCGGUAAACUAAAGGCUGCGGUCACUGCAGCCGCUUCUAAUGGGCUUUCUGCAUUACCCGCAGUUCCGGAGAUCUCGGAGCAGAUCCCGGUCAAGACUCUAAAGGCGAUCGAAGGAGGCCUCGUUGCACCUCAUGCUUGCGCACUCUGUGGCCUAAAGAGGGAGGAGAGAGUCGCAAAGGUUGAUGUCGAUGUGAACGACAGCUUCAAUGAGUGGUGGCUGGAUGUUACGAGCAUGCACGUGGGUUGUCUACAAUUUUGGGAGAAUCACAAAGACAAAUUGAAGUCCCGUUGA